UCGCUUCAUUGCCAGACUCAUUUAACUCUUUUAGGGUUAAUUAUUAUAUGAAUAAGCUUGAGUACACACUCGCUGAACUAUUGAAUGAGUUGGUAACCUUUGAAGGGAUAAACAAAAGCAAGGGUGCAUCUAUCAACUACACUCAGUCUGCUGGACCAUCCACUUCUAGGCCCAAGAGGAGGGGCAAGAAAAAGAAGAAGGAUGGUGCCAAAACUGUGGUUGUGCCAAACAAAGUAAUCCAAAAGGAUAAGGGAAAGAAGAAAGUGCGGGUUGAAGGCGAAGGAAACUGCUUCCAUUGCGGUCAACCGGGUCACUGGAAACCUAACUGCCCAAUACUUCGCACACAAGGCAAAGGAAAAGGGAUUCCAGGAGUCCAGAAGCCUCAAUGAAGGAGAGAUAUACUUGCAUAUGGGAUCUAAUGCCAAGGUGGAAGCUAAAGCAGUGGGAGUGGUUCAUAUGCAGUUUGAUAGUGGGAGGAGUCUUAUUUUAGAAGAUUGUCUUUAUGCGCCAAAUGU